UUAUCGAUCAGGGUCAUUUUGGAAGAUAUCCACACAUAGCUCCAUGCUGACACAUUGCCGUAAAAGUCACACACUAAUAAUUCAACACAAAACCCCUAGCGCCGGGGUUUUGUGCACAAACCUUAUCAGACGGCCUAUCAGGCUCAAUUGACUUCGGCAAAACCAGCAAGCCUCAUCAUAAAGAAUUAUAUAAGACAGAAGUACCGGACCGACAGAAUAUUUGUUAGGUCGUAUCGUGUAUUGUGCACUGCACAGUAAUCCCAUUCAAUAGUCGACGACGUCAAGUGCAACUGAGCCAUACUGGAGACAAGUGAACCCAAGGCUGAGAGCUUAACAGUCGGUUUGGCUAGAAGAACCUCCGACAUCAUUCCUGAAUGAUUGGUUUAUUCCUUCCUGCACCCACGCAAGGUCAUCUUUUCGUCAUCGAGAGUCAUAGUGAAGUGAAUAUUAUACAGUAGCAGCGGCAGACGACGAUGGAGAACGGCAAAUCAGCUUCGAGAGUGGCAAGUUUGGACAUGGAAGAGGUUGAUGCCAAGCGAAAAUCCACAGUUCUGAGAUGGCAGUUAGCCUUCGUCGUGGUGCUGAUAGUGGCUGCGGUUGUGGGCGUGGCCAUGGGAUUGUUGUAUCACUACAAAGAUACUGGCACUGUGACAGUCACCCAACGACCAACUGAAGCGCCGCCACAGCCGACUGGCGAGUACCAGUACGCCAAAGCUGCGGUGGCCGCCGAUGCUGGAGCAUGCUCAGAGAUUGGCCGAGAUAUAUUGCAAAUGGGAGGUUCUGCCGUUGACUCCGCCAUAGCCACCAUGUUUUGCAUCGGUCUGCACAGCUGUCAGAGUGCGGGCAUCGGAGGGGGUUUCUUCAUGUUACACUACAACGCCAGGACUCGAACCGUAGACGCACUGGAUGCGAGGGAAAGAGCGCCACUUGCGGCCACCGAAAACAUGUAUGAAAAUGCAACUGAUGAUGCGUCUACGUUUGGUGGUUUGUCUAUUGGUGUUCCCGGGGAACUAGCUGGCUACUGGACCGCUCAUCAACGCUACGGUGUCCUACCCUGGAGGGAUCUAUUUCAGCCUGCAAUCAGAUUAGCAGAGGAAGGAUAUGUUAUAGGCAAAGCAUUGGCUGGUAUCAUCACUGCUAGAGAGAGUAUCAUCAGGGCAGAUCCAAACUUGAGCGAACUGUUUGUGGACUCUACGGGUGAGAUUCGAAAGGAAGGUGACAUGAUAACUAACCUCAAACUGGCCGAAACUUACAAGAAACUAGCCGAGGGUGGAGAGAAUGCCUACUAUAGGGGAGAACUGACUGAUGACAUCGUGGCUGAUAUUGCAGACAGAGGUGGUAUUAUCACAAAGAAAGAUCUGGAAGAAUACAGAGUCCGACGAAGGACACCUCUGAUGAUUGAGAUCGGUGAUCUGAAGGUGUACACGCCCCCGCCGCCAUCAAGCGGCGCUGUGUAUUCACUGAUCAUGAACAUCCUGGAGGGAUAUGACAUUACUUCUUCGAGCACAGCUACCACUGAAGCCGAGAUCUUGACUACUCAUCGAAUGGUUGAAUCUUUCAAGUUCGCCUAUGCAGGCCGAUCAUUCCUUGGUGAUGAAGACUACGUGGACGUCAAAGAACUUGUUGCCAACAUGACGUCACAGUCUUACGCAGACUCCUUACGAGCCGCUAUUAGCGACACCGAGUCUCACGGUCUGUCAUACUACAAAGCGUACUACAAUCAGCCAGAUAGCGGCACAUCUCAUCUGUCUGUUGUGGAUGGUGAUGGCAAUGCCGUCGCAAUGACAAGCACUCUCAACCUAUCUUUGGGCUCCAAAGUUCGCGGUAACCGUACAGGGAUCAUCUUCAACAACGAAAUGGAUGACUUCUCCAAACCCAGUCAGCCAAACUUCUUUGGUUUUCCUCCAUCACCGAGCAAUUUCAUCCGGCCGGGGAAGCGGCCAAUGUCUUCUAUGACACCCACCAUCGUUGUGGAUCGAGACGGGAAAGUUAAACUGGUGGUUGGUGCAGCAGGGGGAUCACGUAUACCAAACGCGUUGGCCCAGAUAUCUGUGGAUACUUUGUGGUAUGGUGAUGGUAUCAAAGAGGCGAUACAACGCAGACGCUUUUUUCAUCAACUUGUCCCCAAUAAUGUCACCUACGAGCCGGGUUUUGAUCAGGGAGUUAUCGACGGUCUGAGAGCAAAAGGACACUAUCCUUACGAGUCUUCACGCUUGAGUGUUGUGCAAGGCAUUCUGCGUGACGCGCAGGGAUUCUUGAACGCCUAUAGUGACGACCGGAAAGGAGGCUACCCGGCUGGCAUUUAAACUUAGACUGUUUCCCGCCCCCCCCCCCCCUAAAUAUAUGGGGACCGGUAAAUAGCUCCAAUUUAAAGCCUUUGAUUGUAUCGCCACUGCGCGCGCGCAUCGCGAUUGUUUAUUUUAUAAUCACUAUUCAACUUUUGUGCAUGGACGCUGCGCCGGUGAUUUAACUCACGAUAAUCAAGAAACUCACGUUAUACCACAAAAAGUACACACAAUCACCAGUGUCUCCAUGAAAGCAACUUUCAAGUAUUUCAAUUCAACUGCAUAGGUUGUAUAUUUUUAAUAGCAAUAUUUCUCUCUUUAGUGAAACUUGCCAGAGGUAAUUUCAAAUUCAGCACAAAUCAAAGCUAAUUACAUCCAAAACUGCACAUUCGUGUCAGGCCCAUUGUCAUUUUGCAACAGGCUGGUUGCAAGAAUAAAUGUUCAGUUUAUACCGGUCUCGUA